AUGCUUCCUCUGACUAAAAUAUGGCUCUGCUAUGGAAUUUUUUCGGUUUUUUUGAUGAUUUUCAUGAUAAUUUUGCUCUCAGUUAGCAAGCAUUUUACAUAUUCAUUUUACCGCGUUAUAACAAUGGAUAUAAUUUUAAAUCUUCUUUGUUGGAUAAAUACUUGGCCAAAUCGAAUGGUUUUUAGAGAAGAUGGUUUAGAAUUUGCUCUUGCAAUUUAUGAGACUUAUGAUAAAAUUAUUGAUAUAUGCUAUUUGUUGCAAAAUGUAUUCCUUCAUAUCCAGAGUCUUAGCUCAAUUUGUAUAUGCUUUCAUCGAUUAUCAACUGCAUUAUUUGAAAAUUCGAAUAAAUUUUGGAAUAGAUAUUAUCUUUUGAUUUAUGCUUUUCUUGUUAUCUAUUCAUUUCUCGCAGUUCAACUAUUGAAUCGAGCUCCAAUAAAGUUUAAUUAUGAGCAGAAAAUGUUCUAUAGUGAAAUACUGACUAAGGACCAAUAUAUUGCAAUUGGAAUUUAUCUUCGUUAUUUUAUCGGUGGAUAUCUUUUGGCAAUUAUCAUAAUUGCAUCCUCUACACUGUAUCAAGUCAGAAAACGAUUUGUAACGCACGAUAAUUUGCACAAAGAUCUUCUUCGAAAAAUGUCAUUGAUUGCAUUUUCCCAUACUUCUAUUUAUGGAAUGCUGCUGGUUUGGCAGACAGCAAGCAUGUACAUUCAUUAUGGAGAUGUUCUAAAUUUGAUGAUGACAUUAUCAGAUAUGGUCUCAUUCUCAAUGGCGUAUAUCUUGUUGAUAUUCGAUGGAAAUGUGCGAUCUGUUAUAAAAAGUAAACUUCCCAUCUCGAAAAUGGUUAGAGGAAGAGUUUCGGACAUUCAAAGCUCCCAGAACAACAUUUCUCGUGUAAUUGUUGAGUAA